CGCUUUCAAGCUUCUGAAAGGAAGUUCUCAAUUAAAGACCCUGGGGCAACUUACUACAGGGAACAGAGGUAAGUGGAAUAGACAGACGAAUGAGACUGUGCUAAUGUUGUUUUAGAAAUUUCAAACGCCGCAACGAAAUCAUACACACAAGACGGACCCGUUUAUGCAAAACGCGCUGCUGGGAGCCAUGGCUUCCAAUCUCGAUCUCGAAGAGAAAAAAUACUUGGAGGAGGUCGAAGCGGUAAAACAAUGGUGGAGAGACUCUCGCUGGCGCUACACACGCCGCCCCUUUACGGCCGAGUCGAUUGUUGCCAAGCGGGGCACUUUGAAGAUUGAGUAUCCAAGUAAUGCGCAGAGCAAGAAGGUCUGGAAGAUUCUGGAAGAGCGCUUCAAGAAUUCCGAUGCUAGCUUCACGUUUGGCUGUCUCGACCCCGUCAUGGUCACGCAAAUGGCAAAAUAUCUUGAUACCGUCUACGUCUCGGGCUGGCAGUCCUCGUCGACGGCAUCGUCCACGGACGAACCGUCACCUGACCUUGCAGACUACCCAUACAAUACUGUGCCGAACAAGGUCAAGCAUCUAUGGAUGGCCCAGCUGUUCCACGACCGCAAGCAGCGCGAAGAACGGCUGUCCACGCCCAAGGCGACCCGGGCCAAAGUGGCCAAUACAGACUUUCUCCGCCCCAUUAUUGCCGAUGCCGACACUGGCCACGGCGGUCUCACGGCCGUCAUGAAACUCACCAAGCUCUUUGUGGAGCAGGGUGCCGCAGGAAUUCACAUUGAAGACCAGGCACCCGGAACCAAGAAAUGCGGUCACAUGGCAGGCAAAGUCUUGGUUCCCAUCAGCGAGCAUAUCAAUAGAUUAGUAGCCAUUCGUGCACAAGCCGACAUUAUGGGAACCGACCUACUUGCAAUUGCACGUACAGACUCUGAAGCAGCCACACUAAUUACCUCGACCAUUGACCCACGCGAUCACGGAUUCAUCUUGGGAACGACCAAUUCAUCCCUGCAGCCGCUCAACGACCUGAUGAUUGCGGCUGAGCACGCCGGCAAGAGCGGGGACACCCUUCAAUCCAUUGAGGACCAAUGGGUCUCCCAAGCCGGGCUCAAACUGUUCGAGCAAGCCGUCAUCGACUCGAUCAAUGCCGGGGUCCACGUCAACAAGAAAUCCCUGAUUCAGAAAUUCCUCUCCGAAUCAAAGGGCAAGAGCAAUUCCGAAGCACGCGCCAUCGCAAAGGGCAUCACCGGCGUAGAUGUCUACUGGGACUGGGACGCGCCCCGCACUCGCGAGGGAUACUACCGCUACCAAGGAGGCUGUCAGUGUGCGAUCAAUCGCGCCGUAGCGUACGGUCCGUACGCCGAUCUCAUCUGGAUGGAAAGUAAAUUGCCGGAUUAUAACCAGGCAAAGGAAUUCGCAGACGGCGUGCACACCGCUCUGCCUGAGCAAAAACUGGCAUAUAAUCUCUCCCCCUCCUUCAACUGGAAAGCAGCCAUGUCCCCUUCCGACCAAGAAACGUAUAUCCGCCGGCUAGCCCAGCUCGGAUACUGCUGGCAGUUUAUUACCCUGGCCGGCCUGCACAGCACGGCCCUCAUCGCGGACCGCUUCUCCCGCGCCUACGCCAAGCAAGGCAUGCGCGCGUACGGCGAGCUCAUCCAGGAGCCCGAAAUGGAAAGCAAAAUCGACGUCGUCACGCACCAGAAGUGGUCGGGCGCGAACUAUGUAGAUAAUCUGUUGAAGAUGGUCACGGGAGGAGUCAGCUCGACGAGCGCCAUGGGCAAGGGCGUUACCGAGGAUCAGUUUCAUUGAUUAUUUGAUUAUGGUCAUUGGUCAUUACGGACCUACAGUGUACCGCUGUACCCGCAACUUUGCCAUCUAUUGUAUUUUCUUUUUUUAAAUGUUGAUACUUUCGUUCGUUUGACUUUGUAGCCUUGUAGGUUUAUAUACCUACGUUUAUACUUUAUUCGUUUGUGGUUUUGUUUGUGUAUACGUUCAAACUUUCAUUCAUUUCUAGUUUGUUUGUUUAUAUCAAUUCGUCCGUAGUCCUUACUUCUAUAUAUGUUUAUCGUAAACACUUUAUUCAAACGUAGCUCAAUCUUUAUUUAAAUCUAUAACCUC